AUGGAAAAUUCCACCCAAAGCUCAAUUCAGUUCGGCUUCCCGUCGCCAGAGAUUUUUAAGCUUCCCCCAAGCCAACCCUACAAACCAGCCGCAUCUCUUCGUGCACCUCCCUCGAAUAUCUACGAACCGACUUUCUUCUAUCCCUUUGAGAUACACCCCGAUGUCUAUCAUGCUGCGUUGAACAUCAGAUUUGUUUUGACCUUCUCGUUGGCAUAUGUCACGACAGUGUUGUUUUGGAAUCAAUACAAUACCAGCCGGCAGUACAAACCAUGGGCAAUCAGCAGAACAUUUAUUUUCAAAGCUUUUGUCUUCAUGCAUAAUACUCUUCUCUCUCUCUUCUCUGCCUGGGUGCUCGGUGGGAUCCUCCAUGGAUUUUAUGUCCAUGGGCCUUCUGCAGAAGGGAAAGACAACUACCUCGCUCAUCUGGCAGAGUAUCUAUGUCAACCAGACCCAGAUGCAUUUAGACAACAGGGAGCGACCUACAUGGGCUGUCUCUUCUAUCUCAGCAAAUACUACGAAGUUGUCGAUACAUUGAUUAUCCUAGCCGGAGGGAAGAAGAGCUCGACUUUGCAAACAUAUCACCAUGCAGGCGUGAUUCUGUGUGGUUGGUCAGCGGUAUUUUUUGAAUCCCCCAUGGGUGCUGUUGGGGUGUUGUUGAAUGCCACAGUCCAUACUUUGAUGUAUGCAUACUUUGCUAUCCAGACACUUGGCAUUCGUGUUCCUAUGAGCAUCAAACGCUCACUAACGGGUAUCCAAAUCGCCCAGUUUUUGAUUGGUAUGGUCUGGAGUGUCAGUUAUUUGCUGUUGAAAUACAAGGUUCCCUCGAACAUACCAGAGACUCGAGGCAAUGUUUCAAUAGCGUUGGAGUCGCAUAUAAGCCGUGUUGAUUCUUCGAUUGACUCUUACACUAUGAUGUCCUGCAUCAGUGACAGUGGCGAGGCAAAUGUUUAUUUUGUGACGAACCUAUACCUUUUGCCCUUGAUUUAUCUCUUCGUGCAGUUUUUUAUCCGAUCAUACAGAAAGCAGAAAUAA